UCGUGUUUCUCGUGGCUGCUCCCGCGGCACAGACCACCACAACACAACCAAGACCGUGGAGGAAAACACUCAACAGCGGCUGGACGGGGGAACGGAACCCCGUGUACGCCGCUCCACGCGUUUUGAAGAUGAUGUAAAAGAUUUUAGAGAUAUUUGGGGACUUCAAAACGGGAUGUUAUACUGCGAAAGUGAAGCAGGGACGCGCACAGACUGUUCGCAAGUUUGGGGGUCGAGUUGGAGAUCCUGAAGAUUUUUACCUACGACGCUCAGCAGUGUCAAACACCUGUGAGCAUCAUGUCUUUGUGGAUGAUCCUUCCUCUCAGUCUUCCUGUCUUCAUGAUCACAGGAAUUUGGGUCGUAUAUGCAAUGGCCCUCUACAACCAGCAUGUCUGUCCUGUCAAUAACUGGCUUUAUAAUGAGUCGUGUGAGGAGGAGCUUCACCUACAGAGAGGCCCUGUCCUAUGCUGUACAUUGGAAAAUAUACCUCUCAUAAGUAAAAGUGGAACAAUGCCACCGGAAAGCUGCUUCUUCAGCCUCAUCUGCAGCACUGGCUCUUUUAUGGUGUUGUUGAUUGGAUUGCUGCGUUACGCCCAUGUCAUCGAAAAGCACCAAAACUGCAUCCUGAACACGGCGGGGCUCUCGACUGGUUGGAUCUGUGCGGCUGGUCUCAUCAUGGUGGGAAACUUCCAGGUGGACUAUGCCAAAGUCUUGCACUACGUGGGGGCUGGGGUGGCGUUCCCCUGCAGUAUGCUGUUCGUGUGUCUGCAGUCGGCUCUGACGUACAGACUGGCCAAAACGCAGGGAGAGUACAGGACGGGACAUUUACGAGUCGCCAUGACGCUCCUGGCACUGAUCGCUCUUGUUCUCAGUGGGGUCUUCUUUUGCCAGGAAAGCUUCAUACUUCAACACGCAUCGGCCAUAUUUGAGUGGGUCUACUGUAUGCUCAUAAUGCUGUUCUACGGGACUUUCGCUUUUGAGUUUUCAGACAUUUCAGGGGACACGCUCAUGGUCUUAUCUAAAGGAGCCAAAGAGCAAAGCUAUCCCAUAUCGGACCACAAGACAGAAGUGGGAGGAGCUAACCAUCACUCGCCUGAGACCUUAGCCAUGCUGUAAGAAAAUGAAUAUGGCUAUGUCUACACUUAAGGGCUAUAAGGACAAUGUGAAAGCCCAAGAAACAAGCUUGGAAAAUAUAUUUUACCAAGUGCACUACAGCUCACAACACCAAAGCCAUUAAUGAACCAUUUGUAUGGCUGGUAUUGCAGGCCAAAGUGGAGUUGCUAUUCAAGAUGGAGUACUACCAAACAAGAGUAAUACUAUAGGAUUAUGGCACCAGUUUGUGGUGUAAAUUGUUGCAGCAAGAAAGCAUUUGAUUCUUGUGUAACGUUUCUCAUGGAGUGUCUGUCAAAUGCUUUUUUCUGUGGAGAUGUUAUUGGUUUGUCUGGAAUGUUUCACAGUAUGGCAUUUAACGUUUCUAUCUUCAUGGAGACCAAACCUGACCAAGUUACAGGUCAGAUCUGUGCAGAGGCAACCCCGCUCAUAGUUAGAAGGCCUGUUUUGCUGGAUAUUCUGGAGCAUUAAAACACAUGUUUCAUGUCAUACUGUGGAACAUUCCAGGCAGAGCAAUGGCAUAUCCAUAGAAACAAGCAAGUGAGAGACUGGAAAAGUUACAUAGUGCAGUGUUUAAGCUGAUGGCUGAAUGUGAUUCCGAGCAUUUCUAAAACUUUAGUGGACCAGUAUGGGGGGAGGCACAUGAACCGCUAUGGCUGGAUCAUGCGGUCAAAUCCAGUAGACAGAAAAAGUUAAGAAUCAGAAAAGAUUUGCUGUGAUUGUUGGUGGGAAAAAAAUCUAAUUUCAAAGGGUGCUACAAACAACAUUCAGUUCUAUGUGUUUUAAGUGUCUGGGUCUGUAUUAAAGGCAGCUUGGUGUAACAUCUUGAUAACUGCAAAUACUGAGCAGUUUGUCACAAUCUUAUGACUGCUUGACGGAUGUUGACUUGCAUGGUUGGUUUUUACUGUAAUUAUGUAAUAUUAAGUGUGUAUAAAGCCAAAGCUGCCUGUUUAUGUUACUGAACGUGCCUCAGAUGUGGUCGUACGUGCCUGUGCAUGCGUGGAUGGUCAGUGGACAAACCCUGCAUUGUUUUGAUCUCAGGAAGUUUGUGAGUUCAAGUACUUUUACCUCAAAUGUUACGGCCAAAUAUUUUCUACCAAAGGGACCACAAAAGUACUGUGGUUGUUGUAUUUUAAUCCCUAUGAUGUAUUUCUGAUACAGUUUUUUGGGGGGGAUAGUAAUAUUAAGUAUCUAUAGUUUAGUUCUGCCUCUCUUUGGAGUAGUGCUCCUCCAACACACGCUGCCUUACUGUAAAUACAUUGAAGUAUAGUUGUUAUUGAGACAGUAGGUGACCAAAAAGGGCAUUUAUUUUAAAUAUGUCUGUGUUUAGAACCAAAAUGCUAUACAAAUAUUCAAUUAUUUUAUGCCGUUUAAGAUGUAUUUUUAUGUGUUUUGUUGACAUGUAGGACAUAUGCCUUAUGGGAACAAAUUUAGUAUAAAAUGGGAUAUAUUAUGGUAUAUUUGAUUAUUUACAGAAUAUAUUUCCACAAAGUGAAAAUAUUGUACGUAAUAAUACAAAUAUAUAUAUAUAUAUAUAUAUAUAUAUAUAUAUAUAUAUAUAUAUAUAUAUAUAUA